AUCUUAAAUUUAAUAGAAAAGUAAAAACUAUUAUAUUUUUCUCUCACCUCUGAGUGAUCAGACCGACCGCACAUAUAUAACCACAUUUACUCUUUCAUUACAUAUCUUCUUCAUUAUCUCUCUCUCUCUUCUUUCUCUCUCUAAAACAAGCUAAGAAGAAAAGCUUUUAGAUUAGAUAUGCAGUCGUCUAGUAUUAUUAUUGAAGAAAAUCUUGACAGCCGCCAUGAUCGAGGUUUGUUGUACUCUGAGGAAGACGUGUGUCAGGAUUUUAUGAAGCUCAACAAUAUUUCUGAAAAUGGUGAUGACGUCAGAGUGGCAGAGUUUGUACUUGUUGAUGAUGUAAGCGACGAUGAAGAUGAUGGUGAUGAUGAUGAUGAUGAUGAGGAGGAGGAGGAGGAGGAAGAAUUCUCCUUCUUUUGUGGAGAAGAAAACAGAUCGCCGAUUGCGGCGGAGGAUGCUUUCUCCGGCGGCCAGAUCAAGACUGUUUUUCCGUUGUUCAACCGGGAUUUGCUGUUCUCCGGCGAGGAUUUGAGGUCUCUGCACGAGAGCAGCUUGCCUGCGCGGCCGCCGGUGAAGAAAGUGUUCGUGGAAACGAAAGAGGUCGAGGCUCCGGCGGCGACGUCAUCCUCUGCCGGAGAUGACGUCAUCUCGGGACCCUACUGCGAGUGGACGUCGAACAGGAGGAGGGCGGUGGAGGCGUCGCCGCCGCCGGAGGUGUGCAAGAAGAGCAACUCCACCGGAUUCUCCAAGAUAUGGCGGAUCAAGGAAUUCGCGGGGAGGUGUAACAGUGACGGAAGGGACGCUUUCGUUUUCCUGAACAACGGCAGCGCGCCGCCGCAGCCUCCGGCGGCGGCGGCGGCGAAAGCUGAGGUGAAGGCCGAGAUCAAGACGGAGCAGCAGUCAACGGUGAAAAUCAUAAGGAAGGUGAAGAAGAGCAAAACGGCGUCGUUGUCGCCACAUGAGGUGUAUUUGAGGAGUAAAGCGAAGGGGGAGGAGCGGCGGCGGUCCUACCUGCCGUACAGACCGGAGUUGGUCGGUUUUUUCACCAACGUUAACGGCGGAUUAACCAAAAAUGUGCAUCCUUUCUGAGAAUUAAUUAAUUAGUGGUGUACAUUUUUUUAGUUUCAAUAUUUUUUAUUUUUUUUUAUUUUAUGCCUUGGGUUUGUAUGUGUAUAUAUAUAUAUUGCAAAUAAAUUGGUUUAUAUUAUUAUAUGAGGUGAAAAUUAUAUAUAAAGAGAGGUGAUAAAAGAAAUUAGUUUUGGUUGUAUAUUUGUAUGUUAUAUAUGCAUAUAAUAAUUAAUAUAUCAG